CAGGCCAGGCGGAGGCUGAACAGGCUAAUGCUAAGCGCUGAAUAACGGUGUUCACGAUACUUCCGUUGCUGUGUUGAUAACGGCGAAAACGAGAUGCAGUUCAUGCUUCUAUUCAGUCGACAAGGCAAGCUCAGGCUUCAGAAAUGGUACGUGCCUUUGUCUGAUAAGGAGAAAAAGAAGAUCACCAGAGAGUUGGUGCAGACAGUCCUGGCUCGAAAGCCCAAAAUGUGCAGCUUUCUUGAGUGGAGAGACCUCAAGAUUGUAUAUAAGAGAUAUGCCAGCUUGUACUUCUGCUGUGCCAUCGAGGACCAAGACAAUGAGCUCAUCACACUGGAGAUCAUCCACAGAUAUGUGGAGCUGCUGGAUAAAUACUUUGGCAGUGUUUGUGAGCUGGACAUAAUUUUCAACUUUGAGAAAGCCUACUUCAUUCUGGAUGAGUUCCUGUUGGGUGGGGAGGCUCAGGAGACAUCCAAAAAGAAUGUGUUAAAGGCCAUCGAGCAGGCUGACCUGCUGCAGGAGGAAGCAGAGACCCCGCGCAGCGUGCUGGAGGAAAUUGGACUGACAUAAACAUGGUCCUCAUCAUGUUGCCACACUCUCCUCCAUCUGCCAGCUACUCUGCUGUAUGUAGCCAAUACCAACUCCAAUUCACCUUUGAGCAACCUCACAAUCAGUCACACACACACACACACACACACACACACACACACACACACACACACACACACACACACAUACACACACACACACACACAUAGACACACUGUGGGCAUGGUUUUCCUGUGCAUCUGUUCCUCACCUCUGCCUUUGUUUUCUUGUUUGUCUGAGACAAUGUUGCACUGUUUAUGUUUGUCCUGCUGAGUUAUUUAUUUGUCCAGUGUGAUGACGUUGUCAGUCACCGAGGAAAAAUACUGAAUGAUGAAGCUUUUUGCUGCUUUCCGGUCCACACAAAGAUAUUUCACUGCUUGAUUUCAAUUUGACCAAAGCUGAUGGGAUCACGUUAUCCUGUGAAGUAGAUUCAUGAUUUCAGAUCCAGUUCUGAAUUUCAAAUGUGUAGGUGAGACCUGUAGAAUAGAAUAUACUGUAAAGGGAAGUCAAAAAGUAUUACACUGACAAAACCAAAGAGUUACGUUUCACCUCGCCUAACAAUGCAUGUGAUAGUAAUAGUUUCAAGCAGAACACCUUUGGCGUUUGAAAUUUACCCACUGCACUUACACUGUAAUGCACCAGUGCAGUCUGAAGUGAAAUGACUGUGGAUGAACUGGCUUUAUAACAGAAACUGUUGUAUGUCAUACUGUGAGUAUUCUCUCAGUUUGCAGACCGUUACCACUUAUAAAUGCUGACUGUUUGGGUCUGUUGUUUUCUAAUGGCUGGAUCCCACUUAAUGUUGAAUGCCUUAAUCUCUGAUGGAUGUCCACUCAUUUAAAGUGAAAGAAUCUGUUACUGUCCCAUUAUUGGAUUUGCAUGCCACUGCAAUGUAGCAGAUAAAUACACUGAGUUUAUUUUAUUAGUGUGUAAUGUGCAAGAACUAAACCGACUGUUCUCUUUGUUCAUGUUUACGACUGUACUUUUAUUUGUAAUGGAAAAAAAACACAGUUAUUGUUCAUUCCAGGAACUGAAAAUAUCAACAAUUUAAGGCACCAGAUCCUUUGACUUUAAGCUGAAUCAGUCCAUUUUGGCCACUAGGUGGCAGAAUCCAAGGCAAGAAGACAGUGAAACAUUAUCAGCUUUUUAAGUUGUACAGAGGACACAGAGCAACAUGACUGUCCCACAGGAGGUGCUUUCUGGCCACGUGCUGAAGUCUAGUAUUCCUUUAGCUCUGCUUUGGUUUCCACCAGCUCCUGAGGGAAAUAUCAGAAUAUUCAGCAGCUAGGUGUCUGACUGUGUGUCUACACAGAAGCCACAGAGUGAACAGAGUUAACAGAGCAGCAGCAACUGCUGUGUCUGUCUAUCUGUGUCUACACAGGAUGUAUUCAGGGAACAGUAUUGAGUUGUAGGUCAUCCACAUUGUGGCAGGGAUCAGAGCUCAGUAUACAAUCACUGUAGUUAUGCAUGAAAAUGCUGGAAAAAUACCUGGAACAUAAAAAUAUACUUUGAGUUGCUUUUACAGGCAUGUGGUACGGUAACAUGUAACAUGCAGGCUGUUACAAGACCUGUGACGAGAACUUUCUGGAGUGACAUGCUGUGGCUUUGUUCAGUCCACUGAGUAGCGAGGUAACAUUGCUGUUUGGUCCUGGGCUCAUAGAGUACAGUAUUCCUGCUGAGCUUGUGUGGUACAGCUCCCUGAUGCUGCUGGAAGUGAGGCAGGUGAGACUUAAGCAUACAAUAAACAUGUUGCUGUUAAACCAAACCAAAACAAAGAGCUAAAAGAGUCUAAAAAGCUUCACAAACCCAGUUGUAGUAUCUCUGUGUAUUAUAGGUCACCAGUACAGGCUGAUUUCAAACAGCUGACCAGCGUGACAGUUUAAAGCUCUGACACACCCAGCGUCCACCCUCUCAGGUGUUUUCACUUUGCCUGAGUAGAACUCUUCUCAGGGUUAUAUAGGCCUGUACAGACUAUGUUGACUGACAUCUCCCUCACUCCCAUGUGAGCUCUGUUUCACCUGUUUAUGUGCAAACAUUUUAGACCUUUCAGACCAUUUCUCCUUAGCUCCGUAGUUUGGUGACUUCAUGUAAUUCUCAGCUUAGCUGCAGCUAACGGCAGCCUGAGCAGAGGGGAAGAAUAACUGAAAACACCUGUGAGGGAGAGCAAGGCCUUUAAAAAUACACCCUCAAAGCCGUUUCACUGUCUACUCAAAACUGGUAUUGAUUCCACAUGAAAACAUAAAUUGUACAGCAUGUAAACUACCUAUUUACUACUGUGACUCUGAAAAAAGCGCAGCCAUGCAUAAAAUAGCAAUAGUGUCAUAAACCGUAGCAGAGUAUUAAGAUUUUUUUUACUGUACUAAAAACAGCCACAUGAAUACUCAGACACAUACACAGAUACAUGUUAGAUGCCUUGGACACAGGACUGUGCAAAUAUCCUACACUGGCAUUAUGUAUGUAUUUUAUGUUCAUGUAUCUUUAAAAAGCUGGUAUUGUUAAAAACCAAAACUGUGUUUAAAUUAUAUUUUUUCUGAAGUGCUCACGUUGCUUUUUUUUCAUUUUGCAACUUCUUCUAUAUAUACACACACCAGAGUUGUUUUACAUGUUGAAAUACUGAAAUUUCUUCCUAUUAUCACUUUUAUAUAACUUCAAAUUAGCAUUUCCAUGUAUAAUUGAUUGUGUGUGCUGUUCUGUGUCUCAGAUGUGUGACUGAAUCUAUGCCAUUCUAUGCUGUGUAUAAUGUGAAAUAUACAGUAGCUAAAGCAUGAGUGCAGUGCAACCUGUGUAUUACAUUACUGGACUUGUGUUUACUUGCAGAGGAUAAACUGUGUAGUUAACUGUUACAGUGUCUGAAAUGGAUGAAGGAGGAAGGUUAUGCUAUCCUGUCAAGUUCAGCAAUAAAGAGCACUCCAGGGGCAGAGAGACUGUGCUGUGUGCUCACAGCUUGUUUCCUUCAAUUCUUCACCGGUCACUCACAGCACAUUAGGGAAGAGCUGCCUUUGGUGAUAGAAAGAAUAAACGUGACUCAAAGUGUUGCUACACACUGAUGAAGACACGUUUAAAUACGCUCAACCAGCAGAAAAAGAUGCUUUGGCUUCACAUGCUUUGUGUCUGACAAAACACUGUUU